AUGGCGGAUGUGGCGGCACUCUUCACCAGCAUGGUCUCCACUACCAUGACAAUGGCGAUCACCAAGCCUUUCUCAAUGGGCCUCUCGUUGUUCGUGUUCGCCUUCCGAGCCGCGUUCCUCGUCAUCAACACAUGGGCAGAGCUUAUAGCGGCUUCAAUCAGCUUGCAUCUUCGAUUGUUCAGGAGCGCCGUCAUUUGCAUCAUCGCUCUUGCCUCUCUUCCCUUUCGGGUUUUGACCGCCUUGGGCAGGCAGAGAAUGUUGGAGGAGCAGCUGGCUGUUGUGCAGGCAGAGUUGGAGAAUGUCAGCUGGGAGAGGAAGGUACUGGAAGAUCACCUCCGGGCUGCGAUUAAGGAAUGCAAGAACUUGGAUUCGUUGUUGGCAGAAGCUGAAGAUGAAAGUGACAAGUUGAUAACCAAGCUUGAACUGAUGGAGAGGGAGUUGCAUACUCUGAAGGUCGAGAAUCAUCGGUUAAAGACGAUCCAGCGCGAGCAGCUACGAACCACCUUGGGAGGCAAUGCAGGGGAGGAGGAUGAGAGAAAGCACAUUGCUGAUGAGAAUGCUGCUGACAUUUCUGAACAAGCAGGGGAUUCGGACGCGGUGGGUGGUGAUGAGGUAGUGUUGAUGGAGCAGAGAGACAUGGCGGUGUCGCAGAGCGUGCUAAGCGCGGUGCUGUCUCUAACCGUUGGGAUGAUCGUGUGGGAAGGGAAGGACACGGUGAUGCCGCUGGUGGUGGCUCUCUACACCGUCGUGGGGAUGUCGAUGAGGAACGUGUUGAAGUUCUUCUCGACGAUCAGGAACAAGCCGGCUUACGAUGCUGUUGCUCUCCUGAGCUUCAACUGCUUCAUCCUCGGAACCCUUACUUAUCCUACCUUGCCUAAGGUGGUUCGGAUUCUCGGAUCGCUGGCAUCGACUCAUCUCAGCCGGCUUCUUGAAAAGCUAAGCUAA